UAGGCAGCUGAAGUGGGUAUUAGGCCCGGAAGAUCCGAGUCCAUCCGCGGCUGGGAGAAGGCCAGCGGGGUCGGUAAGGGCCGGAGCAGGGGCGGCGGCGCUCGGUCUGUCCCAUCCGCCGCGUAUUGAGGCUCUGGGAGCGGCGGGGCGGCCGGAAAGCGAUGGUGAAAGCCGGGCCGCGAGGGGGGCGGAGCCGGCAGUCGGACCCGCAGUAGGGCAGCCGCGGCGCCGCCUCCCCGAGCUCAGACCCAGGAAGCGGCCGGGAGGGCAGGAGUCAACUGGGCUCGCCGCCGCCGCCGCCAUGGAGCUCAGAGUCGGGAACAGGUACCGGCUGGGUCGGAAGAUCGGCAGCGGCUCCUUCGGAGACAUCUAUCUCGGUACGGACAUUGCUGCAGGGGAAGAAGUUGCCAUCAAGCUCGAAUGUGUCAAAACCAAACACCCUCAGCUCCACAUUGAGAGCAAAAUCUACAAAAUGAUGCAGGGAGGAGUGGGCAUCCCCACCAUCCGGUGGUGCGGCGCGGAGGGGGACUACAACGUCAUGGUGAUGGAGCUGCUGGGGCCCAGCCUGGAAGACCUCUUCAACUUCUGCUCCAGGAAGUUCAGUCUCAAAACCGUCCUGCUCCUUGCUGACCAAAUGAUUAGUCGUAUUGAAUACAUUCACUCAAAGAACUUCAUCCACCGGGAUGUGAAGCCAGAUAACUUUCUCAUGGGUCUGGGGAAGAAGGGCAACCUGGUCUACAUCAUAGACUUUGGGCUGGCCAAGAAGUAUCGGGACGCCCGGACCCACCAGCACAUCCCCUACCGUGAGAACAAGAACCUCACAGGCACGGCGCGGUACGCCUCCAUCAACACGCAUCUUGGAAUCGAACAAUCUCGAAGGGAUGACCUGGAGUCGCUGGGUUAUGUGCUCAUGUACUUCAACCUGGGUUCUCUGCCCUGGCAGGGGCUAAAGGCUGCCACUAAGAGACAGAAGUAUGAGCGGAUCAGUGAGAAGAAGAUGUCCACCCCCAUCGAAGUGCUGUGUAAAGGCUACCCUUCUGAAUUUGCCACGUACCUGAAUUUCUGCCGUUCCUUGCGUUUUGAUGAUAAGCCUGACUACUCGUACCUGAGGCAGCUCUUCAGGAACCUGUUCCACCGCCAGGGCUUCUCCUACGACUACGUGUUUGACUGGAACAUGCUUAAAUUUGGAGCCAGCCGGGCAGCCGACGAUGCCGAGCGGGAACGCCGGGACCGCGAGGAGCGAUUAAGACACUCCCGAAAUCCAGCCACGCGAGGCCUCCCCUCCACGGCCUCAGGCCGGCUGAGGGGCACCCAGGAAGCGGCUCCUCCCACCCCCCUCACCCCUACCUCACACACGGCUAACACCUCUCCUCGGCCCGUGUCCGGCAUGGAACGAGAGCGGAAAGUGAGUAUGCGGCUGCACCGCGGCGCCCCCGUCAACAUCUCCUCCUCCGAUCUCACAGGCCGACAAGACACCUCGCGCAUGUCCACCUCACAGAAUAGCAUUCCCUUCGAGCACCACGGCAAGUAGCUGCGCGUCUCCCGUCGGAAGGCAGCACUGGAUUCCCGGUCGGGUGGCUUCCAGUGGUCUUCAGUCUGUCGUGCACCGAUGAGAACUCUCCUUUUUGCUGUGAAGGGCAGACAAUGCAUGGCUGAUCUACUCUGUUACAAUGGCUUUACUAGUGACACGCCCCCCCCCGGUCUAGAACCGAAACGUUAACACCGGGAGCUCUCCAGGCCGCCCACCCAGCGACGCCCAUGGGGGAAACAAACUAAACCGGACAGACUCCAAGUGCUGCCAUCAUCGGGGGCUGCCGCCGAGGCCCGCCACGUGAACUCGGUCAUAAUGGGGCUGGAAGGAAACGCAGAGAGUGAGAGACAGUGGCAAAGAAUCAGACUCCCGUUCAAGAGCCUCUCGGCCCUCCCGCCGGCGUGGCGCACCCAUGCUUCCCGACGAGCCCACUGUAACUCCUGUCUUCUACUUGGCUAAGACAGUUUUGUAUCAUUUUGCUAAAAAUUACUGGCUUAAAUCUGUGUAAAGAAAUCUGUCUUUUUAUUGUUUCCUUCUUGUCUGUUUCCACGGUCUUAAAAAGAUGUUGACUUAAAAGAAUCCUGAAACAAAGAUGCUGGCUUGGCGUUUCUGUGGAAUGGAGAGGCAGGGAGCUAAGCACACGUGAACUUGCGUGGUCUGUGUUUCGUGGGUUUUGUGGUGUGGUCCCUGUGGAGAGGGUUUUCUCGUCUGGAUUCUGUCACACACAUACAUGUGUGUAAGUGAUGUGCGUGUAUGUUGUGUGCUGUGUUUUGUGACCACAUCAGCCUGGUUUUGGCUGUUGCUCCCGUCCCCACUGUAAGAAUGCCUGCGUGGCAUGGAAGUGCGAGGGGCCUUGCAGCCAGCUUGGUUAGAGGUUGUCGACUCCAGCAGGGCCCAGCGCUGCUCCCAGCAGGUGCAGCAAGGAAGCUCAGCGUGGCGGGAGCAAAGGCUUUGCGUGGGCGUCACUGGUCCCUCGGGAGAGGGUUGUGAGCGAGUGUGGGCCUCUCCUUGGGGUCACGUCUGGCGGUUCUGGUGGUGGUCGUUGCCUCAAUGCCUUUGAAUUUGGGGACUUACCUAAAUAGGCUGUAUUGUAAUGUGCAGAUUGGUCCUUAGUCCUAGUUACCAUCUCUGCUCAAAGCCGAGGGCGUCUUGCCCGGAAAGGCCAGUGGGCAUCUCCUUAGCAGGGGCCGAGUGGCCUGGCCAGCCUAGUCAUGGGGGCAGGUAUGUCUUGCACUUUGGUGAUCUCUGUCAGGACCUAGUCACGCAGCAGAGCAGCCGGGUCCAGCCAGGAAGGCCUUGCCGUGCUGAGCUCCUGGGUGCCCUGAGGCACUCUCCCUCUCGGCUGCAGCAGGCAGAGGAACCGGGCAGCGGCCGGCAGGAGCCCCUGCCCUGGGAAACGAGGUCUAGCUCCUGUUCCCGGACCUCCCGCUUCCUGUCCCCCUGCUGCCCAGGGUCCUUCUGGGAAUCGGGGUGCCUGUAGGAAGCUAGGGACCCGAGGUGUCUGCAUCUGUUUUCCCCUCCCUCUCCUGAAGCCCUCCAGCCCAGGUGCAGGCCCAGGCACCCUGCCCUGACCUGGGGUGCAUCAAGGGCACACAGUGUGGCUGUUUGCUUCUUUCUGAAUCCCAAGAUCCUGCCUACUGUCUGUUUUUGGGUGUGAAAACUUGGCUGGGUGGGGCUGUUCCUCGGUGUGCAGGGGGGUGCUGGGGUGUGUCAGGUUGAGUUGGGGACUUUCAUUAUAGGCUAGUGCUGCCUUCAGAGGUGGGCUUUCCCUCCAGACAGGUUAGCAGCUGUAGUCCCUGGUACUGGGCCGGGACGGUACAAGGAGCCUCUGCUGUUUGCACACAGGUCUUCCCUGGGGAAGCCGACUGGUCCUCGGUCCUCAGCAGUAUGGCUGUGGGUGGUGCGGUCCUCCCAGUACUCAGUUCCCCCCGUGUGACCUGCAGGAAACGUAGUUGGAAUGUCUGUAUCGGCCAGUCUCUGAACUGCACAUUUGUAUGACCACUGUGUCUGUGUACUUAACCACCGUGUGAUAAUAAAUUCACAAUGACUUCUGCCUUCUU